UUCAUUCCAUAGUAGAGGGAUGACUCGUUUAUGUGGCUUUAAAAUGAUUUAUUCAUUGAAAUGAAUGGAAUAACACCGCUUAUCUUCCCACGACUCUAAAACACACCUAUCUGGUCAUGAAGUUAGUCCACAAAGACAUCGAAAAAGACAAUGCCGGUCAGGUGACCCUGAUUCCGGAGGAGGCUGAGGACAUGUGGCACACCUACAACCUGGUGCAGGUGGGGGACAGUCUACGAGCCUCGACCAUCAGGAAGGUGACGACUGAGUCCUCCACGGGCAGUGUGGGCAGCUCCCGAGUGCGCACCACGCUGACGGUGUGUGUGGAGACCAUCGACUUUGACUCCCAGGCAUGCCAGCUCCGCGUCAAAGGAACCAACCUGGAGGAGAACCAGUAUGUCAAGAUGGGAGCCUACCACACCAUUGAACUGGAGCUCAACAGGAAGUUCACUCUGGCCAAGAAGAUCUGGGACAGCAUUGUCUUGGACAGAAUCGAUCAAGCGUGUGACCCUGCCCAGAAGGCGGACGUGGCGGCGGUGGUGAUGCAGGAGGGGCUGGCCAACAUCGUCCUGGUCACCUCCGCCAUGACCCUGCUCAGGGCCAAGAUAGAGGUCACCAUCCCACGCAAGCGCAGAGGCAGCUGCACACAGCACGAGAAGGCUCUAGAACGGUUCUAUGAAGCGGUCAUGCAGGGAAUCCUGAGACACAUCAACUUUGAUGUGGUAAAGUGUGUGUUGGUGGCGAGUCCAGGUUUCGUGAAGGACCAGUUCAUCACCUACCUGUAUAAAGAGGCGGUGCGACAGGACAACAAGCUACUGCUGGAAAACAGACCCAAGUUUAUGACCGUGCACUCCUCAUCCGGACACAAGUACUCACUCAAAGAAAUCCUGUCGGAUCCCACGGUGACGAGUCGACUAUCGGACACCAAGGCUGCAGGGGAGGUGAAAGCUUUAGAGGAAUUCUACAAGAUGCUGCAACACGAACCUGACCGAGCCUUCUACGGGCUGGGCCAUGUGGAGAAAGCCAGUGAGGCCUUGGCCAUUGACAUCCUGCUCAUCAGUGAUGAGCUCUUCAGACACCAGGACGUGGCCACGCGAAGCCGAUACGUACGACUGGUGGACAGCGUCCGAGACAACGGAGGAAACGUCAGGGUGUUUUCAAGCCUUCAUGUUUCCGGAGACCAGCUGAAUCAGCUCAGUGGAGUGGCGGCCAUUUUGAGGUUCCCCAUUGCAGACAUGUCAGAAGGAGAGGAGGACAGCAGCUCAGACGAGGAGUGAUGGCUUAUAUGGAUCAUGUGGAAAUGACUUCUCUCCUAGACCGCUGAUUGAACACAUACACAUACACAUACACACACACACACACACACACACACACACACACACACACACACACACACACACACACACACACACACACACACACACACACACACACACACACACACACACACAGACGCCUACUGUAGAUGCAACACACAGUCUUAUACAUCUUGCUUCUUGAACUGCUAACUCCUGAACGUGCUGUUUACAACGCAGACACACUCGUAACAUACUUUGUGUCUUCUGUUAGCAUGCAGUUACCAUUCAGAAAACAUUCACACAGGCACAUACAUGCACAGACAUGCUCACAUGUACAAACACACACAAUAUGACAUGCACAUUUGUGCACACACACACACACACACACACACACGUCAACAUCAUACACACUCAUGGCGGUGUGUCCGACUGCCUGAUCUCCUGUGUGAAUGAAAGUGCUGUCUCUAGUGUUGAGCGAAAAAAAAUCAUUAUGGGAUAAUGCUGGUUAACUGGCAACCGACCAACCAGUAGUGCGUCUCCCAGCGACACAUGAGCUUGCCAGAUUAUAACACAGUUGGUUGGAAAUAAAUAUGCUAAGAUGGCAUGCCAGCGCCCUAUCCUUUUGGUGCCAAAAAAAGAUUGCAACAAAAACCUAAACAACGUUAAUUUAAAAAAAUGUAUCACUUUGGACUGUUGUGGAAGAUGUUAUGACAACAUGUCAUAAAUAAAUCAAACAUGUGUAAUUAUCAUCUGGGAAACAACGCUGAAACAUGUACAUUUCAUUCUGAAUGUAUAUAUGAUAAAUAUUGUGCAAUUAAACAAUAUAGCAGUUUGAGCAUUUCA